CUAACGUGAUCCGUUGUCGCAAGGAUGGCAACUGGAGUGGAUCCUUCCAUCUCUGCCCGGGGAUGCAAGGCCAUUGUUCCCCACCCAAACUGUUGAGUGGCGGCCUGAAGUUACAAUGCCCUGAUGGCUCCGGAAUAGGAGCUGAAUGCACUAUCUUAUGCUCGGAACAUCACACUGAGCCCAUCUUGUUACCUGCCAAUGAAACAUUACAGGACAUCCAACACUGGAUGAAGCCUCCACGAGUAAAGAAAGUGGUCUGCACGGGAGAACUUAAGUGGUAUCCUUGCCCUUCGUUGGUUCGCUGCAUCAAAGGUUGCGAGCCUUUUGGAGGUGACAAUUACUGCGAUCCGGUCAACAACCGAGCCUUUUGCAACUAUGACGACGGAGAUUGUUGUGUCUCGACGGUGAAGACCAAAAAGGUAUGGUGGCCAUUGGGUGUUAAGUCCAAGAGAAUGUAAUCUCCUUUGGCCUUCUCCUUUCCAUUGCAACUGCUGUUUUCCCAUUUGCAAUUAAAAUAUUGGAAACUGGGGACUAUGCUGACAGGACUUCACAUCAUCUUACAUCCUUUCUGCAGAU